GCGGAGGAGCGAGACCCGGGCCCGGACGGCAGCGGCGGCGCGCAGAGCAUGGACCAGCGCACGGGCCGGGCAGUCCUGAAGUUGAGUUUGAGAGGCGACACGGCGGCGGCGGCCGCGCUGCUCCCGCUCCUCUGCCUCCCCAUGGAUAUGCACUGCAAAGCAGACCCCUUCUCCGCGAUGCACCCAGGGCACGGGGGUGUGAACCAGCUCGGGGGGGUGUUUGUGAACGGCCGGCCCCUGCCCGACGUGGUGAGGCAGCGCAUCGUGGAGCUGGCCCACCAGGGUGUGCGGCCCUGCGACAUAUCCCGGCAGCUGCGGGUCAGCCACGGCUGUGUCAGCAAAAUCCUGGGCAGGUACUAUGAAACCGGCAGCAUCAAGCCCGGAGUGAUCGGAGGCUCCAAGCCCAAAGUGGCGACCCCCAAAGUGGUGGACAAGAUUGCUGAAUACAAGCGACAGAACCCAACUAUGUUCGCCUGGGAGAUCCGAGACCGGCUCCUGGCCGAGGGCAUCUGCGACAAUGACACGGUGCCCAGCGUCUCCUCCAUCAACAGGAUCAUCAGGACCAAAGUUCAGCAGCCUUUCCACCCAACGCCGGAUGGGGCUGGGACGGGAGUGACUGCCCCUGGCCACACCAUUGUUCCCAGUACGGCCUCCCCUCCUGUUUCCAGCGCCUCCAAUGAUCCAGUGGGAUCCUACUCUAUCAACGGGAUCCUGGGGAUCCCUCGCUCCAAUGGUGAGAAGAGGAAACGUGAUGAAGUCGAGGUAUACACUGAUCCUGCCCACAUUAGAGGAGGUGGAGGUUUGCAUCUGGUCUGGACUUUAAGAGAUGUGUCCGAGGGCUCAGUCCCCAAUGGAGACUCCCAGAGUGGCGUGGACAGUUUGCGGAAGCACUUGCGAGCCGACACCUUCACCCAGCAGCAGCUGGAAGCUUUGGAUCGGGUCUUUGAGCGUCCUUCCUACCCUGACGUCUUCCAGGCAUCAGAGCACAUCAAAUCAGAACAGGGGAACGAGUACUCCCUCCCAGCCCUGACCCCUGGGCUUGAUGAAGUCAAGUCGAGUCUAUCUGCAUCCACCAACCCCGAGCUGGGCAGCAACGUGUCAGGCACGCAGACAUACCCCGUGGUGACCGGUCGUGACAUGGCGAGCACCACCCUGCCUGGUUACCCCCCUCACGUGCCCCCCACUGGCCAGGGAAGCUACCCCACCUCCACCCUGGCAGGAAUGGUGCCUGGGAGCGAGUUCUCCGGCAACCCGUACAGCCACCCCCAGUACACGGCCUACAACGAGGCUUGGAGAUUCAGCAACCCCGCCUUACUAAGUUCCCCUUAUUAUUAUAGUGCCGCCCCCCGGGGCUCCGCCCCUGCCGCUGCUGCCGCUGCCUAUGACCGCCACUAGUUACCGCGGGGACCACAUCAAGCUUCAGGCCGACAGCUUCGGCCUCCACAUCGUCCCCGUCUGACCGCCCACCCCGGAGGGAGGGAGGACCGACGCGACGCGAUGCCUCCCGGCCACCGCCCCAGCCCCACCCCCACCCCAGGAACCCUGCAGCCCUUCACACCACCCCGUCGAAGGCCGGACAGGACGGGUGGAGCCGCGGGCGGGACCCUCAGGCCCGGGCCCGCCGCCCCCAACCCCGCCCGCCGCCCCUCCCCGCCUGCCUGGACUGCGCGGCGUCGAGAGGAGGGCGCGACCCAGCUCGCCCCGACUUGGCCCGAGCCGGCCCCGGAGCGGACCAGCCACACCGCGGGACCCUGGCCGGGCCCGCCGCCACGCGCGGGGGACACGUUUCUGUGACACACAAUCAGCGCGGACUGCAGCGCGGCCCAGCCCGGAGCAGCCCGCCUCGGACGCUCCGGCGCCUGGAGGCUUCGCUGGAGGGACUGGGCGAAGGAAAUUAAGAACAAAACGAUUUUUCUGCAGAAGGAGGAAGAGCCCCCUGCCGAACCCUCGGGGAAAAGUCCUUACGCUCGCGCCAGCCGGACUGCCCCCACCUUCCGAGUGUGCCCUACCCCAGAAGGCGGAACGGAAUGGGGGCGUGGGGUCCGGGCUCUUGGGACGGGGGUUGGGGGCAUCAGGUCUUUCCGAAGUUGGGACCCAAGGCACGCAGGCCCCAGCAGCGCGCACCCACCGAGCCCCACUCUUGGCUCUACCCUAUUCCACCUGAACUGCCUGGUUCCCCAGGGCACGCCUACUAGUGACCAGACUCUCGGCCCCAUCUCGCCCCUACCUCAGCGUCUCUUCCAUCUGCGGCCCUCCCAUUCUUCCCCCCUGCCUGUCCUUUUCCCACCCCACGACUCUGCACCUCUCCUUCCUGACUCCUCGCCCCUGCGGAGGCUCUCCAGUGCCCGCUGCAGGACCAGUUUCCGUAGGCCGCGGGCACUGGUCUUCCCGGGCAGUUCCUGGACGUCCCCUCCCCCGACACAGACUCGCGAUCUGCCGGUGGUAGGAGCCGGUUCUGAGCCGGCGUCUGAGCUGCGGCGGGGUGGGGGUGAGGGCCGCCAGCCCCAUCCCCACCCCCCCACCCCCCGCCCCCACCCCCAGCCUCCUCCUCCGGCAGGAACUGAACAGAACCGCGAAAAGUCUACAUUUAAUAUGAUGGUCUUUCCAAAACGGAGAAGCAAAACAAAACAGAAACCCAACAGGCUGCUGCUUUGUAAAAAGACGGUGUGUGUCGUGUGAAGGCGAACCCCGAUGUAUAUAAGCCCGCCCCUCCGCCCCGCCCCGCCCGGUAGAGUCCCCGCUGCCCGCCCGCCCUGCCUGUAGAUACGCCCCUCUGUCUGUGCUGUGAGAGUCGCCGCUCGCUGGGGGGGAGGGGGGGACACAGCUACACGCCCACUAAAGCACAGCACGUCCCGGGGGAGGGGGGCAUUUUUUAUGUUACAAAAAAAAAAAAAAAAUUACGAAAGAAAAGAAAUCUCUAUGCAAAACGACGAACAUGGUCCUGUGGACUCCUCUCGCCUCUGUUUCGUUGGCUGUUUCUCUGUAAUUCCGUGUUUUCGCUCUCCUCGUCUCUCUCCUCCGCAUCUCUCCCCUCUCUCCAUCUCUCUCGUCCCCGCCUCUCUCCCCCUCUGUCUCUGUCUCUGUCUCUGUCUCCGCCCCUCCCUUGGCCUCUCCCCCAGCCUCGGCCCGGCCGCCUAGCCCUCGGCGGCUAGCCCCGAGGUGGCCCCCCGACCCCAGCCCCGGGCUCGCCCCUCCGGCCGUGCCCCGCGCGCCCUGGGCCGCCCCGCCCCGUAGUUGCUCUCUCGGUAGCGGCGAUGCGCCCUGCAUGUCUCCUCACCCGUGGAUCGUGACGACUCGAAAUAACAGAAACAAAGUCAAUAAAAGUGAAAAUAAAUAAA